AUGCGGGUGGUAUUCCGUGUGCAGAAGGUUAGCAAUGUGAUUGAAGGAGAAUCAAUGAUUGACUCUUCAGCCAAGGAAGCAUGGAACAUCCUUGUUCGUUGUCACUCUGGAGGAGAAAAAGUCAAGAAAGUUAGGUUACAAACCUUGAGGAAACAGUACGAGCACUUGGAGAUGGAAGACAGUGAUAAGAUCUUGAGAUCAAUGCCUGCUGCAUUUGAUCAUAUCGUUGUAACCAUUGAAGAAACCAGAUACAUGGAGAAACUUAAGAUUGAAGAGCUACAAAGCGCAUUUGAAGCGUAUGAGAUGCGACAAAAUGGAAGAAAGAAACAUGAUGAUCAAGCCUUAAGAACCCAACAUGUUUCUGGUGAGGGAAAGAAAAAGUCGAAUAAGUGGAAAAGUAAGGAUUUCGGUCAGAAGAAGAAAUGGAAGAAAGAAACAUAUGAACAAGAAGAAAAGAGUGAUACCUCUAACAAGAAGGGUGUCACAAAGAAACAAUAUACGAAAAAGGAGAAGAAAAACAUGGAAUGUUUCGUGUGUCACAAGAAAGGUCAUCUUUCUUAUGAAUGUUGGUUCAACAAGGAUGCUUAG